AUGGCUGUUUUUGCAUCUUUAUCAUACCUUGUUUUGAUAAUCUCUUUUGUCACUUCAUUGUCCUUCAAUUUUGAUAGUUUUAAUUCCAAUGAUCAGAAUAUAAGGUAUGAGGCAGAUGCUUAUCAAAACGGUGUAAUUCAGCUCACCAAAAACCAGCUGGAUAUUCGUUUAAACCAUAGCAUAGGCAGAGCCACAUAUUCAGAAGCUCUCUAUCUUUGGGACAAGGCCUCUGGGAAUCUCACUGAUUUCACUACGUAUUUCUCCUUUGGGAUCAAUUCACGGGGAAGUAACUUAUAUGCUGAUGGUCUUGCCUUCUUCCUCGCUCCUGAAGGUUCAAGAAUUCCUGAUAACAAGUUAGCCGCAGGAGGCGGCCUUGGCCUUGCAAUUGAUAGUCUACAAAAUACAUCGAGAAAUCAUCCUUUUGUUGCUGUCGAGUUUGACACCUUUAGCAACUAUUUUGAUCCACCGGAUGAUCAUGUAGGUGUCAACAUCAACUCCAUGGUAUCUGUUGUUAAUAUGACCUGGUUUAGUAGCAUUCCCAAUAAUAAGACUACUGAUGCAUGGAUUACUUAUAAUUCAACUUCCAAAAAUCUUAGUGUUGUCUUCAUCGGUUACCACCAACAAGGGAAUACCACAGUCCCUUUCCUGCAGACUCUAUCUUACAAUAUUGAUCUGAGGGAUUACUUGCCAGAAUUGAAUGGGUCACUUUUGGCUUCUCAGGUGCAACAGGAUUCCAAUCCAGAUGUACCCCUACAAAGCCCAGAUCCAGAUCCUUCAAGCAAAAAACUGUCAGGACUUGUGAAUGGAUUGAUUUCUGGCGGUUGUGUUUCGGUAGCACUAUCUGUUUUGAUAUUGUUUAUAUUUUGGAGAAAGAGGAAGUUCGCGGGAAGACAUAAACAUUUGGUGCAACUCAUUGGUUGGUGCCAUCAAAAAAGAGAACUUCUACUUGUCUAUGAGUUUAUGCCUAAUGGAAGCUUAGAUUACCAUCUUUUCAAGGGAAGAAGCCAUUUGACAUGGCCAAUAAGAUUCAAGAUUGCUCAAGGCUUGGCCUCAGCGUUGCUUUAUUUACAUGAUGAAUGGGAACAAUGUGUGGGGCAUAGGGACAUAAAGUCGAGUAAUAUUAUGUUGGAUUCAAAUUUCAACGCCAAACUUGGGGAUUUUGGCUUAGCUAGGCUAGUUGACCAUGAUAAGGGAUCCCAAACAACAGUUUUGGCAGGCACGAUGGGUUACAUGGCUCCUGAAUGUGUCACCACUGGCAAAGCUAGCAAGGAAACAGACGUCUAUAGCUUUGGUGUUGUCGCGUUAGAAAUAGCUUGUGGAAGGAAACCUAUUGAUCCUAAAGCUGAGGAGCAUCAAGUAAAUAUUAUUGAAUGGGCUUGGAGACUUUAUGGGAUGGGAAAUCUUAGUGAAGCAGUUGAUCCUAGACUCUCAUCAGAGUUCAAUGAAGAGGAGGUGGAGCACUUGCUAAUUGUUGGCUUAUGGUGUGCUCAUCCAGAUAACAAUUGCAGGCCUUCUAUAAGGCAAGCAAUUCAGGUGCUUAAUUUUGAAGCUCCAUUGCCCACACUCCCUCCAAACAUGCCUGUGUCGACAUAUUGAAGUUAUGGAUCAACUACUUCAUUUGCAUCACCAUACGACUCCAAUGGUCCUGGGAUAUCUGGAAUACAGUCUUCAGGGAGUAGAGACUACACUGGUUCUUCAAAUAACACAGCAGCUUAUGCAGCAUCUUCGCCUUCCGCAUCACUUCUGUACACACGUUGGUAUUGUCUUAUAAAUAAAUUGUUAUUUUAUUUUCCUGCAUUUAAUCUUUCAAUUGCUGUGUCCAGCUUUUGCUUUCUGUUGGAAUGCAUACAUCCACCUAUCAGUCAAGGACCAGGUCCUUUGACUCAGCAAGAACAGUAACUAAAAUAUGCGUCCACUUGUUUCGAUGGGACCA